UCAGGCUUGCUGUAGCCCCGCGUGCCGGAGCGGGGACAGUUUCACCAUGAGCGGGACGCGGGCCCGGGACCCCGCACAGGGGGAGCCGGGCAAGAAGCGGGGCAAACGGGAAGUGCGCGGGGAGUUCUCGGCGGCCAUCCGGGAGCCGGCGCUGAAGGAGAAGGCGGGGGCCGCCUGGGGCUGCAGGGAGCCGCUCAACCACGAGGCCAUCGCGCUGGACCCUGUUCCCUUCUGUCACGGCGUGAUCCCCAACUUCCUCCCGUGCCCGGGCUUCCUGGACGGGCUGCAGCGGGAGCUCCUGGACCUGGAUUGCCACCAGAAGUGCAACGAUUUGUACAAGUUCAAACAGUCUGAUGAUCUGACAAAGAGAAAAGAGCCUCACAUCUCGGCAUUAAGGAAAGUUCUGUUUGAAGAGUUCCGGGAGUGGCUGUCUGCAGUUACCCAGGUGGAGCUGGAACCAAUCAUUGACCUGUCCUGUGCUAAGUAUGAAUAUACAGAUGCCCUGCUGUGCCAUGACGAUGAGCUGGAGGGACGGAGAAUUGCCUUCAUCCUGUACCUGGUUCCGCCGUGGGAGAAGAGCGACGGGGGCACUCUGGACCUGUACAGCACAGACGGCCACUUUCAGCCGCAGCGGGUCGUCAAGUCGUUAGUCCCUUCAUGGAAUUCCCUGGUCUUCUUCGAAGUGUCUCCUGUCUCUUUCCACCAGGUGUCUGAAGUUCUGACCAAAGGGAAGUGCCGCUUGUCUGUGAGUGGUUGGUUUCAUGGCCCGUCGGUGGCAAGGCCUCCCCGCUACAUUGAAUCCCUCUUGCCCCGGAGUCCCCAUCUCCCAUACGAUCAUGAAAUCUUGUAUGAGUGGAUCAACCCAGUUUACUUGGACAUGGAUUCCCAAGCCCAGAUCCAGGAGGAAUUUGAGGAGCGAUCAGAGCUUCUCCUGAAGAACUUCCUUAAGGGAGAGAAAUUUCAGCUUGUGUGUGAAGCUCUGCAGAAAGAAGACAUCAAUUGGAGCAGCCGAGGACCCCCCAAUAAAAGAUGUUAUGAGAAGGCUGAGGAGGGGAGCCUUCCGGAUGUCCUGAGGAAGUGCCUGGAGUUAUUCCACUCCGAGGCCUUGUUCCUGCUGCUCUCCAACUUCACAGGCCUAAAGCUGCACUUCCUGGCUUCCUCUGAGGAUGAGGAUGAGGAGGGAGAAGAAGGAAGAGCUGCAGAUUGCACUGGACACAGCUCUUCCAAACCCAAGCAAGGAGAAAGCAGUCAAAAGGCCAACGACGGGGCUGACCAAGUAGAUCAGCCUGAAAAUGACCCCCAAACCAAAGAAAGUGAUACAGAGAACAGCUCAAGUGUCCCCAUGUGCAUGGGGGAGCUGAGGCACUGGACAAAUGGCCACUACACUCUAGUCCAUGACACCCAAAUCACAGAGUUUGCCCUGGACCUGCUGUUCUUCUGCGGCUGCGAAGAUUGGGAUGCAGAGUAUGGUGGCUUUACAUCCUACAUUGCCAAGGGUGAAGAUGAGGAGCUGCUGACGGUGAAUCCAGAGAACAACUGCUUGGCCUUGGUUUACAGAGACAAAGAGACUUUGAAAUUUGUGAAGUAUGUUAACCAUCGUAGCUUGAAGCGUCCAAAAAAACAGAGCAGAGCUGGAUUCUGGGACUUCUCCUUUGUCUACUAUGAGUGAUGGCACUUGGCAUGGUCAUGUUCUGAGAGGGAAUGGCUUAGUGAUACAGUAAUGGGUUUGGAAUAGGCUCCUGGACUGGCUUCUUAGUAGCAGCAUCUGUAAUGCAUGGAUCGGUUGGCGCCAUUUGAUGAGCCUAGAUUUGAUUUAAGCUGACAGCAAACUUCACCUGACAGCAUACGAGCUGUCAUGCUGGUGCUGAAGUCCAAGUGACUUUCAUAGGUGUGGUUUUUUUUUAAAUAACAAACGGAAGCACUGUUCUGCUGUCCGAUCUUAACUCUUACUCACUCUCACAUUCUGGUGCUGCUCCACCAGAGGGAGUCUUACUUGGAUCCGUAACACUCCACUCUUGAAUAGCUGCUUUGCAUAGCGUUCCAGCCCAGCUCUCCUGAAGAGCCCUGCAAUGAAUGUACAUCUUGCCAUGAGGCACAUCAAGACUUUAUGUAACCCCAAAUUGGUGACUGCUAUGAGCACUGCACAGAUUUAUACUCCAAAGCCUUCAACUGGUCAUCAGGAGGAAAGAACCAGGCUUUGUUCCAAACCAGGACUUCCUGACUUUCCCUGAUGUGCAAGCCAUAUCUCUUCCGGGGCCUGAUUGUUCCCUCUGCAGUGAGAAAUAGUACAUAACUGCUGUAUUAUCUAGGAGCUGGUGGGUACAGGAGAGAAGCUUGUCAAAAUGUCUGCCAAAAACAUGGUGGUUUUUUUUCCCCCCCCAAUGAAAAAAGUGAAACCUUGUAUAUCUGGGAAGGGACGAGGUGGGGAGAGAUGAUAGUUGAGGGGGAGCCUUCAGCCUCAGUCUACGUGUACUGGUACAAAGAACAAACCCAUAGGGUUUUGGUGAGCAGGGAACGGGGAGUGGGAGGAUCUAAGCAGGGGUUAAAAUAAUGUGGGCUGGUGGAAAAAACAUAGUUAAGGGCCUAUCCACCCUUCUUGUCUCCUUGGCAAAUACAGUAGGUGGGGUUGCCAUCCCCAGUGUGUCUUCUCACCAUCACCCUUCAAGCUGUGGCCUAAUUCUAGCUGGGCAGAGGCGUGGUCUCCAUCACUCUCGUAGCCAAAUACCUAAUUUUGCAUUCUGCGCAGCUUGUUCCAUCUAGUCACCCCAGGCCCCUGGGGUUGCAAUAGGCUAGUUAGGACACUGGUUGCUCAGCCAUGACAGGAGCAGAUUGGUGUGACCUGCUGUCCCCGCGCGAGGUGCAGUUCUGAUUUUGCUAGGCGUGCCACGUUGCUGAAGCGGUGAGGCAUUAUCCGCCCACUCACUGGUGCUGUCACACAACGUGCUGGCGCUCAGGAAG